GAAGCAUCGUUCUGUUUUCCUGUCUACCCAGAAAAACAAACCCUAGUGUUCGAAUUGUCGACAAAGUUCGUCGGAUCCUAAAAUUCAAUUCGUAGUUUUUGAAUCCCGAUUCGAGAUGUUUCUCUCGCCUGGUCAUUCUCCGCGACAGAUUUCUUCUCCAUCUCCGUCGUCUUAUUCCGAUGAUACCCUCAGGUCGGCGCCUCGUAGUUCCUCUUCCUCGGAAAUCGUCCCACGGAACCCUAGGAAACGAAUGAGAGUUCUCGAUGAGGACGCGUAUGUUGAAGCAAUCGAGAAGAUCAUCGAGCGCGAUUACUUUCCAGAUAUAACCAAGCUUAGGGAUCGGCUCGAUUGGAUCCAGGCUGUGAAAACCCGUGACCCGAUUCAAAUCCGAGACGCCCAGUUGAAGAUCAUCGAGAGGCGUGGUAAGAAGGCGAGUCAUCAUGUUGGGGACACCGAGGGUAAAACUCAAACUCCUGGAUCUACUUUUUUGAGAAAUUUCACUCCUUUUGAUGAAUUUGAUGGUAAAACCCCUAGAACUCCUGGAGUCUCUGGUAGAGAAUUUCCUGGUAGUGAAGUAGAUGUUGGUGAUGGAGAUGGAGAUAUAGAUCUUGAUUUGUCCUUGGAUGAGUUCUUUAGGAGAUAUACAAGUGAGGAUAACGAUAGCUUUUCGAGGAUUCUUGAGAAGGUAAAUAGGAGGAAGAAGGAGAAGUAUGGUUUUCUCCUUGAAGGUGAAAAGGAGGAUGGUAAAUUGAUUGAGGAUGUAAAGAGAGAUAGAAUUACAGAUGGGUAUGGUACAUCUGAUCAGCCACCGAGCACUUUAGAAGGAUGGAAGUAUACAGCAAAAAAUCUUCUCAUGUACCAUCCAGCUGAUAGGGGAGAGGCGCCCUUAACCGAGGCUGAAAGGGCUGUUAGGUUACUUGGAUUGACUAAGGAGAUUGUUAAAGGGAACACUCGUUUUCAUGGGAAGACUAUGGAUUCUAGGCCAAGAGAAGAUGGUUCAGUUGAGAUUCUCUACACUCCAAUCGCAGGUUCAUCCCCAAUGCAUAUUCCUGGUAGGGAUAGAGACAAAUCUAAGAGGUAUGAUCUGGAUGAUCUAAGGAAAACCCCGAAUCCCUUCUAUGUGGAAUCAGAUAAAAGGGCAGAUAAUGGGUAUAGUUUUGUUAGAACGCCUUCUCCUGCCCCAGGUCUUGAUGAGUCGCCCUUUAUAACGUGGGGUGAGAUUGAUGGGACACCAAUGCGCUUAGAUCCCGAGGAUACACCUAUUGAUAUUGGUGGUAGUGCUGAUGGACCGCACUACAACAUUCCAUCUGCACCUCCCAGAGAUGUAAGGGCACAUUCAUUAUCAAGGGAUGCAUCACGAAAACUGAGAGAGAGAUCAAACAGUAUGUUUAAGAAACCUCCUUUGCCAUCUCCUCAUCGAAGUGGAAGUGCAAGUCCAAAUGUUAGGACACUUUCACCCGCUGCUCAGAAGUUUUUCAGACGGGCUAUAGCUAAAUCAUCUUCUACGGUUGAUGAGAGCCUUCGUGCAAGUUAUCGUGGAGCCAGUCCACGUGGAGCAAGUCCUGGUGCUGUGACUCCUAAGAGUGUGAGAAGUGUUUCACGAUUUGGCAAAGAUGGGACCAGCUCAGAGACAAGGUCACCUUGAUGGUGCAAAUGUUAUGAUUAUCUGUUGUUGAAUGCUUUGAUGCUCACAAAGGCAACGAAGACACUUCUUCUUGUACUACAUUAACUUGUUGUUAUCACUUUUUAAAUGGAAUGCUAUCUUAUCUUUUGUAAUUUCGAUUUCCACCGCUUAUCUACGAACUCCUUUCUGUUCCCA